AUGGACCAACAACAAGCGGCACAGGUCCUCCAGUCGCUCCAGGAACUACAGACCGAGGUCAAUCGACUAAGAGGCCGAGAAGCUGAACUGACAGCACAGGUCGCUUCUUUUGGUGCCGGUUCGGCUGCUUCAGCUGGACCUGGCAGUGCACUGGCACAGUUGGUGCAGUCACAAAAGGAGCUUGUGGACGCCCUUAGAUCGAAAGAACAAGUCCGGUUGGUCGACAACAAGGGCCUUGGCAAGCCCGACAAGUUUGAUGGGACAGCCGAAAGAUUCUUGUCAUGGAAAAUCAAGACGUCCUCCUAUCUUGCAAGUGUUCGCAAAGACCUUCGUGAGAUUCUGGUUUGGGCCGAAGAUUGCGAUCAUGCAAUCACUGCAGAUGACAUCGACAAGGCUUUUGGGAGUCAAGCAGAUGCCAUUGACCAGGUGUCGAACAUCAGUGAAUUGAGACGCGAGCUUUGGGACGCGCUGCUAAUGCUGACAGAGCGUGAGCCCUUUGACAUCGUGCUGAACACCGGGGAAUGCGGCAUCGAAAGCUGGAGAAAGCUCACGCGGAGGUACGACCCAUCCACUGGUGGUCGCAAACGCGCUCUCCUCAAUGCAAUCUUGUCACCGGCUCGGUCCAAGAUGGAAGAUUUGCCGUCCAACCUGGAGAAGCUUCUUGACAGCAUCAGACUUUAUGAACGUCGCAAAGACGCAUCUGGCAACCGAACGAUGUUGGCAGAAGACAUCAAGAUCAACGUGAUUGAACGAUUGGUGCCGGCAGAGCUCGAGCGUCAUCUCGUUCUCAAUCGAGAUCGCUUCAAGACGUUCGAGUCCAUGCUGUCCGAGAUCCAGUCCUAUGUGGAACAUGCCACCGGCAACAAGAUCAAGGUGGUGAAUAGCCAGCCCUACGACGCACAUGGCCGUGGGGACGAUCCUAUGGAUGUCGGAAGCUUUGGAAAAGAUGCGAAGGGAAAAGGUAAGGGCAAGAAGGGAGCUGGAGGAAAACCUGGAAAGGGAAAUGCAACAGCUGAGAAGAGAACAUGUCACAACUGCGGACGCCCAGGACAUCUGCGGGCAGAUUGCUGGGCACCUGGAGGCCCCAAACAUAAGGGGACGGGUGGCAAAGGCAACAGCAAUCAGAAUAAGGACAAGGGCAAGGGCAAAGGCAGCCCCGGAAAGCACAAGCAGAAGCCCAAAGGAGGCAAAUCUGUGAACAAUGUCGAACAAGGUGAACCAGAAGCAGAAGACUGGGACGCAGCUGAUGGCGACGAUGGUCAACAAGCAGCAAAUGGUUUAACGCUCUAUGGCGUUGAUGGGCCACCACAUGACGAGGAUGACGACGAAAGUUUCCAGGUCGAUCCCGAGUCCGAGGAGUCGGAAGCCUCGACAAGUCGCAGAAGGUGGUUUUCUUUGCCUCACCCACGUGCGUCAUGGCCUGAAGAGUGGGACGACCCCGACUAUGAUGGACCGAGUGGAUCGAGAGGUCACCGAGCACGAGACCACUACAUCCAAGUCCGCGUCUUCCAAGGCACCUCGAACGCCACAGGGAAGACCCAAGAGGGGCAGAAGUCCAAAGAGCUCAACACCAAAGAGAGGCAAAGCAAGCAGAUCAGGGCCAGUCACUCCGGAGUCAGCACUCCGACGCUUUCGAAUGACUUCGAUGACACCACCACCAAGGAGAAGGUUGAGGCAUGGCUCUACACCUUUGCCAAAGACACCACCGACACCUAUAGCAUGGCCUGCAUCACCUCCACAACAGCCGAUAGCCUCGCCCAAGACUCCACCAGGACCACCACCAGGAUGGCAAAGCCAAGUAGCUUCACCCAAGACUCCGCCAUGUCCACCACCGGGAUGGCAAAGCUCUCAGGUGAAGCCACACCACCUGUCAAGGCAUCAUCGGCAGCUUCGACUUCAGGUUCUCGACUUGUCCAGAUGCUGAAGGCUGCGCUGAGUUCACAAAUCCGCAAAGUCCAAGAAGAAGAUCCUGGUUCAGGAGAUGGCCAGGCAGAUGCGAUGUUAGCGGCUUUGAGGACUAGAUCUGUCAAGGCACCGCACAUCACAAAGCAGAACAUCAGCGAUCCUUCUUUCCACGACUCGAGAUACCAUGCCGAGAUUGCCAAAGGUGUUGCACACAAUGUGGCCUGGAGAAAUGAACGUUUGAGAAGACGUGCAAUCGUCCACCGACGAGGAGGAGUCAAGGCACGUGCGGCUGAAAGGAUUCGACUUGACAAAGAAUGGCAUGAACGCUUUGACAACCCAGAAAAUCCAGAAGGCAUAGUGAGAAUCGAGGAUGAAGACAACUUGGAUGCGGGCAUCGAGACGGUGGUUGUGGGCAAAGCUGGUCAGAGCACAGUGAUAGAGUUUUCAAUGGAAGAGCGGAAAACUUUGAGGCAGUUCCCGGACGACGAGGCCAAGUUGCUGCGGAAGGAUCCCAAGAAGAAACCCAUGACCAAGCGUGUUCGAAGCGUUGGGUACAGGGUGAAGAAGAAUCGGAACCGCAAUGUGGCGCGCAAGAUGGCGAGGAAGAACCGACCAGCCUUGGUUCUGAAGGAAAACACUGAAGUGAACGCAGAUGAAGAUGAUGAUGAAAUGGAAGAGGUCUACAUCGAAGAGCCUGAUGAGCCUCGAGACCGACCAGGCAGAGGAGACCCCGAUGGUGGAGCUGGAUCGGCUCCUGCUGCAGUCUACAGCUUGGGGGCCUCUGACGACUGGCGAAAAUGGGAACGAGCAGAGUUGAACAUCGACACCGGUGCUGCCAUCACUGCAGUACCACUUGACUUCGCCAAGGACUACCCGAGGAGCGAGUCCAAUGGAGCAAGCUACAAGGCAGCCAAUGCGGAACCCAUCGAAGAUCAGGGAAGUGUGAAGCUGGUGGGAUACGACGAAUCUGGCAACAAGAUCCCAAUCGAUUGCCGAGUUGCAGAUGUGCAUCGGCCACUUCUUUCAGGUUCCGAGAUCGCCAAGAACUACCACAUCGCCCUUGGACCAUCUUCGGGGAGAUUGAUCCCAAGAAACACUCCUGCGGGACGGGCCUAUUCGAAGGCCGUGAAAGAUCUGAUCCGAGAUUAUGGCGAUUCAAUGCCCAUUGUGCACAAUCGCCGAGGAGUAAGACCACAAAUCAACGCUGUUGGCGAGGAUCCAGCUGUUUCAGCCGGAGCCGAUGCCAUGGAAGAUGGAGGCGAUGUUUCAGCCGCUUCGGCCGGAGCAGGGUCCUCAGGCGAUGUUCCAGCUGCUUCAGCCGGAGCAGAUGCCUUUGAAGAUGAAGUUGAUUUGGAAAUCGGUGAAGAACAGAGGAAAGCCAUUGUGAAGAAAGAACCACAUCAACCAUCCCAAGCUGAAGUUGACGAACAUGAAAGCACUGGACAUGUUGUCCAUCGGAGCUGGUGCUUGCACUGCAAAAGGGCACGUGUGACUGCUGAUCGCCAUGUGCCUAAGGAACUUGAUGAGCCAGAAACGCAGUUGCCCACGCUGAGCCUGGACUACUUCUAUAUGAACCAGGACCAGGUUGCGGAUGAGGCGACCCUUCCGAGCAUUGUGGCGAAGUGCCACAAGACCAAGAGAUUUUGGGCGAGCGUUCUCCCGGGAAAAGGGGCGGAUGCGUUCGCAAUCGCGCCGAGGGCCAAUCGUGGGGGCAAGAGAAAUGACCUUGCUCCAAGGGUAUCCAUUGGGAUGUACGUUGGAACUGGAAACAGAGAUUCAGACGUCUUUGUCAUGACGGAACGUGGAAUCAUGAAGGGGAACUCGAUCCAUCGACGCCCACCUGACGAUCAGUUCAAACAUGAUCAGUUUGACUCGCUACGUGGCCUUCCUUGGAGGUUGCAAGAACGAGAACAUGGUGGACUGAGGAUCGCCCUUCCCGAUGUUGCAGCGCCUCGUGAAAGGCCUGCAGUGCAAGAAGUGAUCCCAAGGAACCUCUAUGUCACCAAGAAUGACUUGGAAAAGCAUGGGCACACACCUUUGUGUCCUGGAUGUGAAGCAGCAAUACUUGAGAUGCCAAGCCGAGCUCACAAUGCUGAGUGCAGACAAAGAAUCCAGAUCGAACUUGACAAGACUCCAGAAGGUCAAGAAAGGAUCAAAAGAGCGAGAGAGAGAGUUGCACAAGGCAGGCGCCCAAGAGGCGCGGCUGCACCGCCUGAGGGUGGUGGGGCAGAAGGUGGUGAAGCUACACCACCAGUUGUCCCAGGAGGGGAAGUUGAACAACCAGUCUUGCAAGACCGUGUUCCUUUGGAUGCGGAAAUGGAUGCAAGUGAGGCUGUUGGUGAACCACUGGUCGACACCGAUUUUCGUGGAGAACUCAGACAGAGAGAACAAGAAAGAGAAGGAAGCCCAAAGAGGCAGAAACAAGAACAAUCCCGAGGAGAGAAAAGGAGUUCACAAGUCGACGUUGAAGAUCUUUACAAUGAAUCUUCAGCUCAGGCUUCAGGGUCAGCCGGACCACCGGCACCGGAUGCUUCAUCUGGUGUUCCGGAAGGUGCUGCCGCUGCACCAACAAGUCCUGAGACAAACCAGGAGAUGCUACAUCUGUGUUCCUUGCUCAAAGAUGUGAUCGCAAAAGGGAAGGUUGCUGAGAUCUUCUCUCCACCGCGUGUGGCUGCACAAGCCCAAGUGGUCGGGCUAGCACCUGGCUUCUCGAUUGACUUGGAGACAAAGCGUGGUGAUGGAACUCACUGGGACUUGAGUAAAGAUGAACACAUUCGUGAUCUGUUUCAACUGCUUGACUAUGAGAAACCAGAGUUCCUCGGCGGCUCACCUCCCUGUGGGCCAUUCUCGAAGCUGCAAAGCAUUGUGGAUGCGAAGGGCAAUGUUUCACCUGAAGUUCGAGCGCAGAGACUAAAAGAUGGUCGCAAACAUCUGCGCACGGCAGUUUCAGCGUAUGAGCAUCAAAUGAAUGCUGGAAGGUACUUCUACCAUGAGCACCCUAAAGGGGCCGCUUCGUGGGAAGAGAGAGCUGUGAAGAGACUGAGGGCAGAUGAACGGGUGUAUGAGGAGGAGUUUUGGAAGCAGCUGCCCGACAGCGAUGACACCAUCGUGGAGCCAGUGCUUGACGCACACUCCGGUGCUGUCUUGGAUGUUGACAAGGUCAGAGCCUCGAGCACUCUUCAGAGCACGAUCAGCUUGAGUUCCGGUGAAGCGGAAUACUACUCGAUCGUUCGAGGAGUUUCCAUCGGAAUGUCGCUACAGGAGAUCUUGCGAGGAUGGGGCCUACAACCAAAACUUAAAGUGCACACAGAUUCAUCCGCUGCGCUGGGAACAUGUAACCGUCAGGGCUUAGGCCGCUCACGGCAUGUUCAAACUCGCUUUCUGUGGGUGCAAGAAAAGCUUGCACUACAUGAAUUCGAACUGGUGAAGAUCCCGACAAAGCAGAACGUAGCUGAUUUGUGCACCAAAGGUUUACCUGCGAAUGAGAUGGAAAGACACAUGCAAAGCAUGGGGUUCGAGUACUCUCAUGGUAGAGCCGAAGCUGCAAAGGCUUUGGAAUGA